AUGUCAGCUUUUCUGGACCCGGAGACGGCUGUCAAAGCGGCGUCGAUUUCUGGGGUUGCCAUUUGCGAUGACUAUGCUGCGUUCUCGAUUGAAGAUUACGAGAUUCGGCUGCGUAUAGUUGGGGUUUCCCUUGGGUGUGCGUAUGAAUUUGGUGGGCAGUUGGUUAAUGCAAUAAUCGAUGGGAGUAUGUUGCAAUGUACUGGGACUGGUGAGCAGCUUACUCUUGAAGCUGCUAUGGCGUGGAGAGUUAUCAGUGGUUGUACGUCACCUAACAGUGGGUAUAUAUUCAGUAAGGGAAGUCUGGACGAGGGACUUGUCAUAACCGAAAUUGAAAUUGCGGUGCAUGACUUGCUAGACUGGAGGUCUGAUAUAGCGGCUGGGAACCAUGAAAAUGGAGUCUCGGCAGCAUAUGGACUAGGUAUCAAAGACCCGUUUCACGCUUAUUUGGAGGCUAUAUUGACGCGAGCGGAGUCUAAUCCAAGAUCUGGUGGGUAUGCGAUUGCGGCCAUUGUGUUUAUGCACUUUACCGGUGUUAGAUACGGUGCAUAUGACUUAUGA